UAUUCCGGGUUAAACCCGUGUAAGUUGCAGCACCCGGCGGGAUAACAUCCUUCAAACCGUUAUCCCUUUCUCCUUCACUGUCUGCUUCAAGUCUGUAAUUUCCUUCAACCAAUAAACUCCAUCUUCCACUCCCUCACUCUUGAUUUUCUUGCAAGUUUGACAUGCAAUUCAGGUGUUCGAUGAAAUGCCUGAUGCCCUGAACAAUAUCUUCUUUAGGCAUGAACUCAAAUUCCGAUUCUUUUCUUCUUGAAGAUGAUUCUUCAUUGUCUGCUCCCUUGUUUUGAAGAUUCCUUAAAAGCGAUAACUGAUACAUCUGAGUUCUGACUAUUUACAAUGGCAACCGAUUUAUUAGUAAAAAGCACAUGUCUUGAUUUCUCUUCUAAGCUUGGCUUAUUCACCUCAAAUUCACAUAACAGAGCUAAAAGUUCAACAAAAUCUUUGUCCUCUCUCCCUACCUGUAAAAAUCGGGUAGUCCAAAUCCAAAGUUACAGUGAUCAAAUUCAUGUCCAGAAAUUGGUCAACUUCCUCCAUGAAUGUUCACGAAAAAAAUCCAUCAAAGAAGCAAAAGCAAUUCAUGGGUAUGUGUUAAAAUCCAAUUAUUCCAAUGAAGACUUACUGAUAUUACUCAAUCAUGUAGCUCACACAUACUCAAAGUGCUCAAAUUUGAAAGAAGCUCAGUUAUUAUUCAACACAAUGUGUGAAAAAAAUGUUUUUUCAUGGACUGUAAUGGUUACAGGAUCAACAGAGAAUGGGCUAUUUCAUGAUGCAUUCAGAUACUUCAUUGAGAUGCAAACUUAUGGGAUAUUUCCAGAUGCAUUCACCUAUUCUGCAUUUAUUCAAUUAUGUCUAGGCCUUGAUUAUCUUAAUUUGGGAAAAAUGAUACACGCACAGAUAAUUAAAACAAGAUACACAUUAAAUGUUCGUGUUGCCACAUCACUUCUUAACAUGUAUGCAAAGAUGAGAAAGGUUAAUGAUUCAUGGAAAGUUUUCUCUUCAAUGGAAGAACAUAAUGAAGUUUCAUGGAAUGCUUUGAUAUCAGGGUUCACAGAAAAUGGUCUCUUUGCAAAAGCAUUUGAUUCUUUUCUUGAAAUGAUUGAAAAAGGAUUUACUCCUAAUAAAUUCACAUUUGUCAGCGUUCUAAAGGCAAUUGGGAAAUUGCAUGAUGUUAAUAAAGGCAAACAUGUCCAUAAAUGCAUUGUUGAAUCGGAUAUGGAGUCUGAUGUUUUUGUGGGAACUUCAUUAAUUGAUAUGUACUCAAAAUGUGGAGAUAUAUCGGAUGCUAGAUUUGUUUUUGAAACAAACUUCAUCACUUGUUCUUUAAACAUGCCAUGGAAUGCAAUGCUUUCAGGCUACAUACAAUGUAAUUGCAUCCAAGAAGCUCUAGAGCUUUAUAUAAGAAUGUGUGAAUCCAAUAUAAAAUCAGACGUUUACACUUAUUGUAGUGUAUUUACCGCAAUUGCCACUAUGAAAAGUUUAAGGUUAGUGAGACAAGUUCAUGGGAUUGUGAAAAAAUCUGGAUACGAAUCAUAUGACAAUGACAAUGACACUGUGUCCUUAAGUGUUAGAAAUGCAAUUGGAGAUGCAUACGCUAAAUGUGGUUCACUUGAAGAUGUAAAGACAGUGUUUGAUAAAGUAAAGGAACGAGACGUAGUAUCGUGGACAAUCUUGAUGAGUUGUUAUUCUCGGUGUCUUCAAUGGGAGGAAGCGCUUGUGAUUUUCUCGGAGAUGAGAAAAGACGGUUUUACCCCUAAUCAGUUUACGUUUUCUAAUGCACUUGUAGCGUGUGCUAGUCUUUGUUUUCUUGAAUAUGGUCGACAACUUCAUGGGCUUAUAUGGAAAACCGGAUGGAAUACUGAUAAAUGUAUAGAAAGUGGUUUGAUUGAUAUGUAUGCAAAAUGUGGAAGCUUAAAUGAUGCGAAAAUUGUAUUCGAGAGUGUAAAUAAUCAUGAUGUUGUGACAUGGACAUCUAUUAUUUCAAGCUAUGCACAACAUGGUGAUGUUGUUAAUGCUCUUGAAAUGUUCAAGAAGAUGAAAGAUCAUGGUUUUGAACCGAAUUCUAUCACAAUGUUGUGUGUUUUGUUUGCUUGUAGCCAUGGAGGUAGGGUAGAAGAAGGACUUUAUUAUUUCAAAACCAUGAAGGAAAUUUACAAUUUAGUCCCUCAAAUGGAGCAUUAUAGUUGUGUUGUUGAUAUGUUAGGUCGUGUUGGACGUAUAAAUGAUGCAUAUGAGUUUAUAAAGAAAAUGGACGUAGAACCGAAUGUAAUGGUUUGGGAGAAUUUGUUAGGAGCAUGUAGGGUUUAUGGAAAUAUUGAAUUAGGAGAGAUAGCUGCAAAAAAGAUAAUUUCAAUUAAUCCACAUGAUUCGUCUCCUUAUGUUCUUCUUUCUAAUGCGUAUGUGCAAAGAGGGAGUUUUAUGGAAGGAAUUGGAGUGAGAAAUGUGAUGAAAGAAAGAGGAGUUAAGAAGGAAGCGGGGUGUAGUUGGAUAUGUGUUAGAGGUAGAGUUCAUAAGUUUUAUGCAAAAGAUGAAGAACAUGAAGAAAAAAAUGAAUUAUAUUUUGUGUUGGAUGUGUUGAAAGAAAAGCUAAGAGAUAUGGGUUAUAUACCGGAUUUAAGAUACGUAUUGGAAAGUGAUUCUUGAAGUAUAAGAAUGUGAUAUCUUAAAAUGUUUCUUCAAUAAUAAGAAUCUCAUUAUAACGAGUUACGUUUAUUGUAUUUAAUUGUAUUAUUGGAAUUUUAAA